AUGGAGACCAAGAUGACUGUUAUAAUAUCACCUUUAUGUUGGUCCAAUCCGAAGUUCCUCUUCCGAAAAAGUCGAAUCCGUCUAGUUUUUCUGAUUAUAGACCUAUCUCUCUCUUGCCUUUCCUUUCCAAAGUUCUUUAACGGCGUGUUGUCUCCUCUCCUGUUUGCAAUUUUCAUUAACUCUAUAAAUCUAUGUACCGAUAAUGUUUAUGAACUUAUAUGUGAGGACUCGUCAAAUAACCGAAAAAAAUUGUUUGAAAAGGCUUUAUUUUAUGCAAAAUAUGGUAAAGUGCUAUACAUAUUACAAGAAGAAUUGAAUGAAUUACCUGAACUGUCACAAGACUUGAGUUCACUCAAUAGGCAUUAUAUGAAAAUGAUAAGCUUCCUUUACGCAAGGAGUUUAAACUCACUAAUAGAAAGUAUUUCCACAUUACCUGAUUGGAAACAUGUUCCAAAUACAAUAAUUUUAGAUAACCUUAAUGGUUAUUGUAAUAAAAAUAACUUGCACAAGGCCUGUGGAAUUGUUGCCUUACUUUUAGAUACAGUUCAGAGCUGUUCUAAUACUUUAAAUAAAAAAUGUCAAUUAUACAUUUCUGUUGACAAACAAGCUGUAGGAGAAGGGUACUGUACUUUGCUACAAGAAAUGUACCUACUAAAAAUUGUUAAAUGA